GUCUCUUCGUGACGCAUUCGGCGAUGUAAACAAGAGAAGACAGUCGAGGGCAGAAGGGAUCAAACAGGCCGACGUCACCUCAAAUGAAAGCCGUUAAAUACGCUUUAGGCGGCCGUCAUGGGGCUCCCCGUCACAAUUAAGGUCAAUUUCCGCGGGAACGUGAAGCGAUUCCUGGCUCAGGAUGUGGACAAAUUGGAAUGGGAAUCCGUGGAAGCCUGGAUCAAAGCGUCCUUUGGGAUCAACCACUUUCAAGUUAAAUACUUUGAUGAAGAUAAUGAAGAGAUUUGCAUAAACAGUCAAGAUGAAUAUGAAGAAGCGAUCAAGAGCGCGGAGAAGCAGGGGAACCAGCUCCACAUGAACGUGUACAAGAUGAAGGGCCAGGCGUGCGGAGGUCCGCUGAAGGCGGAGGUCAAGGAACUCAAAGGAGACCUCCGACCUGCUCCUCCUUACCCGUCCAGAGUCAAAUCCGUGGAUAAAGGAACCCAGAUCACCCCAGAACGAGAGAGCGUAGCAGCAAAAGAUAACAAGGGGAAUAAACCUGACGAUGACCCUCCUCCCAUGUGGUUCAGAUCGUACAUGGAGAAGUUCAAGGACGAAGUCGUAAAGGAGGUGGUGGAAAGGAUGUGCAACGACUUCUCCGGCCAGUGCUGUACCCACAAAUCCUCCGACGGGCUCCAGGAGGACUGUGGGGCCAUUGAAGGUCCUAUAGGGCCCCGGCCGGGCCCCUCCACCUCUAACGGAUCGCUUGGCUACACCCCCAACUGCAGCACCUGCAACAAGCUCACCUCGGAAGGGGCUUACAAAUGCAGCGUGUGCCCAUCCUGCAUCCUGUGUGAGAUGUGCAGACACAGCCACGAUCCGAGCCACAGCCUGGUGAGAACCAAGACGCCUCUCUCCAUCCCCGAGCAUGGAAUGUCGGGAGAGUUUAGGUUCCCAAGGCGAGGAGACAGGACUGUGCGCAAGGCCGAGAGACAGCGCCUCAAAGCUGAAAGAAGGCAGCUGAAAGCAGAGGUGAAGGAAAUCAAGAAGAAACUGAGGCUGGAGAAGAGGGGGAUGCAGUGGAGCGGACCUUCUACCUCAGACAGAGUCAGCCUGACAAACAUGGCCUCCACGUCCACCCAGUUCCCGGCGCUGCCUCCUCCCGCUGCCUCAGAAACGGCCUCAGGUCCAGCCCCUGACCAAGGUCACCUCCCAGCCCCGGUCCCCGACCCCCAGGACUCCAGUCCAGAGGGUCCCGGGGUCUCGCGCACGUCCUUGGUGCCCACUAUGGCUGCCUUGUUUCUGGAUGAAAAUCUGCCUGAUAACACCCGUCUGGAGCCUGGUACCAAGUUCAUCAAAUACUGGAAGAUGAAGAACUCGGGCACAAUCAGCUGGACCUCAGAGACCAAGCUAGUGUUCAUGUGGGGGAACCUCGGCUUGGCGUCGGACGAGAGGAGGGAGGUCCCGGUGCCCCUGCUGCUGCCGGGACAAGUGGGCGUGGUCAGCGUGGCCUUUGUCGCUCCCGUCAUGGAGGGGAUGUACACCUCCCACUGGCGGCUGGCGCACUGCGGCUGUCAGUUCGGCCCGCGGGUCUGGUGCAGCAUCGUGGUCGACUCCGGCAGCAGCCGCAACGGGCUCGGGCACCAAAGCAAGCGAUUGAAGGAGGAGGUGAAGCCAGCAGCGAAGGAGAUGACACCAAAGGAGAGUGGUUCGGCCUUCCCUGUAGACCUGCCCCAGGAGGACUUCUACUUUCCAUCCGUCGACCUGCUGACCGCGCAGGAUCUGCUGUCAUUUGAGUUGCUGGACAUAAAUAUUGUGCAAGAGUUGGAAAAAGUCCCCAACAACACUCCUGUCGCUUUGACCCCCUGCAUAUCCCCCCUCCCCCACGAUGCGUCCGUGUUGGAAAGGACGAUGACGUCACAGACGAAGGAAGAGUCGGAGACCACGGGAGUCCGGAAACUUUUUGGUGUCAAACUGAGGCCCAAAGACCUGCCGGAGCCUGUUGCGCAAGAGGAGGAAAAGGAGGAGGAGAUCAGCGGAGCCCAGUUCCUCUGCGAGACGGUGAUCCGCUCCCUCACGCUGGAGGAAGCCCCCGACCACCGGCCCCCCCGCCGAGCCAAGCACAGCAGCCUCAAACCGCAGGUCGUCACCCGGGGGCCGGGCUUUGGCUUUGAGAGGGCAGCCAGGGCCGAGGAGAAACAGGAGAAAGUCAAACAGGAGGAGAUCAAUGGCGAUAGAAUCCAGAGCGUAGCGCCGCCAGUAAGCGCAGGCUUCACCCAGACGACGCAGGGAGAGGAAGACACGAGGCCUGAUCCUGAGCCCGGAGCCGAAAAUGAAAACCUUAAUGUCGGCUCGCAUCAGGACAACGAGGACAAAGAGGUGUUGCAUGCGAUGCAGAACAUGAAGGAGAAGAAUUGUGAGAAGGAAGAAGGCAGGACCAGAGAAGACUGGGACGAGGUCAGCAGCCAGACGUCCUCCGUCUCCUCCAGCGACGACUACAUCAUCGUCCUCCCGGACUGCUUCGACACCAGCCGACCCCUGGGGGAGUCCAUGUACAGCUCGGCCAUGUCGCAGCCGGACACCGCCGCCACCGCCACCGCCACCGCCACCGCGGCUUCCUCCACCGACCCAGACCAAGAGCAGGAGAAGGAUGAGCCCUGCAACUUCGAGCCGUGCAGGGAGGCGCCGCUGCUGGAGAGGAAGGAAGAGGAGACCAUCGCCGUGGAGGAGUCGCUGGGGAACACCUGGCCCCUCCACGUCUCGCCCAUCCACAGCAGCGUCAACCAGAUGCUGUGCGCGUCCCAGACGCUCGACGCCGUGACGCUCACCCCCGAAGUGGUGCCGCCGCCGGUCGUGCCUCAGCCCCUGCAUCCCACGCCGGUCAUCUACUCGCCCAGGUCAGAGGCGCUGUAUCUGGCUGGGGAUCCCAGUCCUCCGGCCUGCGAGCCAUACGAGCCACAACAACCGCGGGUUCACCUAAAUGUAUCAUCCGGUCUGUCCAGAUCAGCCGGCUCAGCAUGCAGUGCCUUUGAGGCGUACAAUCCGAGAGCGGGCAAAGCGCUGCAGCCAAGGGGCCAAGGAGGCAUCACAGAGGGACUUGUCAAAGGGGCCCUUUCUGUGGCCGCGUCUGCUUAUAAGGCUCUCUUCACUGGACCAAACUGUUCCAUACAGCGAGGGAUCGACCCGGCCACCAGACAGGACCCUUCCAUGAUGGCCGUGCUGCUGGAGAUGGGCUUUAAGGACCAGCGGCUCAACCAGCAGCUGCUGAGGAAGCACGGCUACAACCUGCUGCACACCGUCAACGAGCUGGUCCAGAUGGCCGAGGAAAGCCAGAACGAAGCUGCCGACCCCGCGCAAUGAGCGGACGGCGAGCUUCGCGAAGGCGCCUAGACUCAUAGGAAAGAGUUAUUUCAACUUUUAAGCUUAAUUUAAAAAAACAAAUACAAAAAAAAAAAACAAGAGAGUAAUUAUAGAGUUUGGCUUUUAAAUGUCUCACCUUCUUCCGUGUUUGGAUUCUUUUUAUUGCUUUUUCAACAUUACACUACACUACGUCCAAAUAUAUGGAACAAAAAUUCAAAUCAAGCAUAGGUUUCCCGAGAAAUCGCUAAGAUAUAACAGCUUCUCUUUCCCUUUUGGAUUUUAGGUUUUACCGCUUUCUUAAAAUGAACCUUUUACUGUGCUCCUUCUUGUGAAAGCCUCUCGUUGGUAGCUUUGUUUUCGCCGGACCAUUAAGCGGUAUGUGUUGGCCAAAAGUGGGCGAAACCUGAAAUAUCGGAAGAGUUGAGUGUUUUUCAUUUCCUCAUCCCUGUGUUCGUGUGGCUGGCGUAGCUGCUUUCCUCAGUGCUGUAAAAAAUAAUUGUGCUCUCUAAAAAGGUUUGGCUAAUAUACUUCUGUGAGGUGAACCGGGUCAGAAAAGCUAGCUCUGAUGCUGCUGAAGCUGCAUGGGUUAAGAGUCAGAGUGCAGUGAUAAGAAUAGAUAUUUAAGUUUUUUUUGUUGUUGUUUUUUUUUUCCCUUUUAAUUACUGUAGUGAAAUUUGCCUAACAAUGCAAUCUUCUUCUGUAUCAGAGUACUGUUAUAUUAGACGUUGACAUGUGGAAUGUAAACCCAACUCUCGGAACGGAUCACUGUUCAGAUUUGGAUGUUUUGGACACCUGCAUGACGAAUCGAGGCUUUAGAGACAGGACAUGUUGUUGUGGUCUUAGCACUGUCACAGUGAAACAAAAGAAAAAAAAACCCAGCUUUGUGACUUCUUUUGUCACACACCCCCACCCCCCCCCUGCAUUUUCACGUGUCCUGGUCAAAAACUCAAAGUGAAACCCAGCAGUUUGCACUCAUUAAAAGCCGAGAUGUCUCCUAAAACACAUUCCUCAAGUUCACCAUGGACCCAAGUAUAUUUGAAUUGAUUGCCUCUUGGGAGCGAUGAAAUUAGUUUAUCAGAACAUGCUUGUCAUGUAAAUUGACAUUGUGUUCGUGUGUCUGGAUUUAAGUUAAUGUACAAUUGUGUGUGCGCGUGUAUGUAUGUAUGGUUGAGAUUUUUAGGAAACAUUGUUUUCUUAUGUUUACAACUGUUCAAGUUAAAAAACAACAUGCUCUAGAGAGUAACUGAAUAUAUCUUCAUUGCUUGUCGAAUUAUUCUUCUGCAACAGAGUGUACACUUUAAAUAUUCUUCUCCCAAUCUGCCAAUAAACUCUUUGCCCAUCU